AUGACCGCAGUCGUCUGCUCCGCCUACAGCCUCACGUCCGGCUUCAUGGCCUGCCGACUGACGCGAGGAGACGAGCCGAACAUGUACCAGUCGAAAGCCUACCAGAUGAGCGUCAACCCCAUCCUCUUCCUGCUCUCCUACGCGCUCGGCUUCGUGCUGCCCGUCUCGGGCGGCGCUGUGCUCUACCGACACAUUCUGGACGAGCUGGAGCAGAACAAGAACCCCAACUAUCGAAAGGCCUUCCGCGAGUUGAGGAUGACCGGCCUGUUGGACGUCUGUCUCUUCGGCGGCACGCAACUGGGACUGGUCGUCAGGGACAGCCUCGAGAUUGCGUUCAUCUUGGACGUGCACGACGAGGCCAGCAAGCCGUACCAGUGGGCAAUGUGCUUGUCGCUGCUCUACCCAGUGCUGUAUCCUCUCUUCUCCGUCUGCUCAAGGUCGCAUUACCAACUCAAGUCGGCCAGAGAGGUCUGCAAGAGUAGAGAUUAA